AUGGGUGAUCGAUUAUUAAUGGGUGAUCAUCCUUUUGAGAUUGCUGAAAAGAAUUUGAACUUUGAAGUAUCAAAAAUGAUUCAUCAAUACAAUCAAAUCCAAUCGAAAAUGGCGUCUAGUAUAGACGUAACAUCGGGUACUUUAACGACCAACAAUGGCCCACCUGUAACCGGCGGUGAAGGGGAUACCAUCCCAUCAGCAUUAAGCAAUGCACCAUCGGCAAGAGCGUUAAAAUUUUCAAUUGCGAAAAUAAUGGAACCAGAUGAAAACCACACGAAUGGUACAAAUCGCCAUAAACGCAACAAAGAAUGUUCGUUGUCACCGCAAUUAUCAUCUCAUAGUGAUGUUUCAGGACCUCCACCAACGGUAUCAUUACCGUACAAUGCACAUCAAAUUGAUUCAGCUUUCAAGAAAUAUGUUCCCUCAAUGUUCCGACACCAGGAGAUACUUUACCAGUAUCCUUUAUUGUAUUAUCAUCCUAGUCAAUUGAUGUGCGUGGCAGCUGCGGCCGCUGUAGCAAAUUAUUCAACCACCCUUCCACCAACGGGCGCAGCUCCAGUUCCUCCUCCUCCAACUGUUCCAAGUAUACCCUUAAACACCACGCCAUCUAGAUCACCACCAACAGCUCCUCAACACCUAGAAUUAUCUUCAUCUCGCAUCCCACCACCUCAUGGAGAAGUUUCGAAUCCAUUACCAUCAACCCCAACAAAAUUAUUCUCAAAGAACCACCGUCGUGAAUCCAGGGGGGAAACAUCAUCAAAUACGGAGAAUACACCUACUUCUCCCGUAGUUCCAUCUGGGGGAACAACCUCAACGACAACGACCUCUCCUUCAACAAAUAAGCAAAAGAAUUUUGCUUGUGGAGAAUGUGGGAAAGUUUUCAAUGCACACUAUAAUUUAACACGACAUAUGCCUGUGCACACUGGGGCUCGGCCGUUUAUAUGUAAAAUUUGUGGUAAAGGAUUUCGACAAGCGUCGACGUUAUGUCGCCAUAAAAUUAUCCAUACAGCAGAGAAACCACAUAAAUGUCAUACCUGUGGCAAAGCUUUCAAUCGAUCUUCCACGCUCAACACUCAUACCCGCAUUCACGCGGGCUACAAACCUUUCAUCUGUGAAUACUGCGGCAAAGGAUUUCAUCAGAAAGGGAACUAUAAAAACCAUCGACUCACCCAUAGCAGCGAGAAAGCGUAUAAAUGUUCGGUAUGCUCAAAGGCAUUCCAUCAAAUUUAUAACCUCACUUUUCAUAUGCAUACCCAUAAUGAGAAAAAACCGUUUACGUGUAAAGUGUGCGGUAAAGGAUUCUGUCGUAAUUUCGAUUUAAAGAAACAUAUGCGUAAAUUACAUGAAACUGUAUCGAAUCGUUCGAGUGACGCGAGUGUCGGUAGUGUUACAAACGCAAAUAAUUUUACAAUUGGUACAAAUAGUACUCGAUCAGCGUUUAGUGUUGCGCGUGCAAGUACAAUUGCUGAUAAUUCACAACCGUUACCAACAUUUAUUAGUCCAUUUUUAAUACCUGCAUCUCAACAUCAUCAUCCCGAAACACAACGAAUACCACAUUCUGCGUUUACAAGUAAAAUCUUGUGA